AUGAGGAUAAGCGUUUUUCUUAAGGUUGCUUUGCUUGCACUGGUCUCUCCUUCCGUGGAUGCGUUCGUAAGCACCUUCAUCGCUCGCCGGGCGCUGUUGCCGUCCGCAUGCCGAGCAAGAUGCCACGCGCGGCGACUGAGUGUGUCGUCCUCCUUCGAUCAGGGCGAUAGCAAGAGCGGGGAUGACUUGAAAGACGUCUUCUCUCACCCCAGCGCUGAUCGACCGCACAAGGCACGGGAGGUGCUAUCGAGGGACGCGGAUGUCGGAGCGGACCUGUCUGACAUGACCUCAGCGAUCGAGCGUGCUCUGAAGCAUGCAGACUUGGUGCUGCAGGAGACCUCUCAUGCCGAGUGGAUGCUGAGGGAGGCAGAGCAAUCGAAGCAGAAGCAGUUCUUCCUGCAGGAGAAAGAAGCAGCCAUGAAGCGGCUGCAAGGGGAAGGCAGCGACUACCCAUCGUUCAACCCGUACAUCCAGAUGAUGCAAGAGUGUGCCGCGAGCGCUUCCAAGGGCCUCGCAGGACGAGUGGAAGCCUUCCAGACGCUCAAGGACAUGGAAGGCCUGGGGAUCAUUCCCAACCUCUCAACCUACAACGCGCUGAUGAACGUGCUGGCAAAGGCUGCUGCGAGGGGGAAAGCGACCGUGAAGGAUGGGCAGGAGGUGCUGAAGAUGAUCAAGACGCGAGGGUUCACCCCCAGUACCAUCACCUACACCACGUUCCUGUCUCUGAUGGCCAAGUCGGCAAGCUACGGCCACACGGUGCCUCUCGAAGAUGGUUUGAACAUCCUUGAGAAGAUGAAGGAGCAGGAGCUCGGGAUCGACGCGUUCGUGUUUGCCGCGUUGCUGUCACUGUGCACAUAUGCGCCCAUCAAGGAGGGAGAGAGCAGGAUUGAGAAGGGCAAGCAGAUACUGGCGUUGAUGAGGGAGAUGGGGGUUAAGGAGGACAUUGUGGUUUACAACGGUUUCCUCGCCAUCUGCGCCAAGUGCAACGACGCGAAACUUGAGGACGGGAUGGAGGUGCUUGAGAGCAUGAGGGAGAACAAGAUCAACCCAGACACCUACACGUUCGCCACUCUGUUCGACCUCUGCGCCAACAUUAUGCCAAGGAGGCGGGUGACCAUGUCCGAUGUACAGAAGAUUGUGCAGCAGAUGCAGUCCAACAGGGUGCCUCCUAGCACCACGUUGUACAACUCAAUCCUCAAGGUGUACGUCAAGGCAGCGAGAAGGAAGUGGAUUAGCUCUCGUGAGACAGAGGAUGUGAUCAAGACGAUGGAAAAGUUGGGUCUGAAGUUGGACAGGAUCACUUAUGGGACUUGGCUUGACAUUCUUCGAUAUGCCGCUUUGAAUGGGCUUGCAAAGCGAGGCGAUGCCAAGAAAGUCAUCGACAAGAUGAGAGAAAGCGGGAUGGCUCCGUCGAGCGAGAUGUACCAUCUUUGGUUGGACGUGAUCCUCAAAGAGGCUACGAAUGGAGCAGCGACUGUGCGAGACGGCAUUGAAGUCGUCAAGUUCAUGCAGAAAGUUGGGCAGGCAGCGAAGAACGGCAAGGAUAGGAUCGGUACUACCUGGCACUGCCCCCGUGCUCUCCUUACCCUCUCACCUCAAGAUGCCGGGCUGGAGGUGCUGGAGCUGAUGAAGACCGAAGAGAUCCCCCUCUCGUCAGUCUCUCUUUCAACCUUCAUCCAGAUGGCAAAGGCUGAAGGCAGCCAGCGGGCCGUGAGCGAGGCCUGGAAGCUUUUCAUCGCCUCUCCACCGAGCAUCAGGAACGAGCAAGUGUACACCGCUAUGAUGUCCACGUUAGUCAGGGCCAAACAGAGGCACACGGCAAGCUCGCUGCUGGACAUGGCGAAGAAGGAUGGGCUGAAACCCAACGUCUACAUGAUCAACUCAGCCAUGGGGGCCUGCACCACUCCUGAAGACAUCCUCAAGCUUUGGGAGGAGAUGCAGGCGAGUGGCCUCGAGAAGGAUGCCGUCACCAACAAGUACCUCAAGCUCGCGAGCAAGGGAAGAGCUCCCUUCUCUCAGCCGCUCGCAGGGAGAAAGUUUGGGGGAAGACCGAAGGUUCAGAAUCAGUCAGAGGAAUGA